CGUGUGUUUGGGGACGAGCGGCCCCUCCUCCAUCAGCUGAUGAAGCCGUGACGUCACCCCGGAGCCUGGCAGGAAGCGCCUCUUGUGUUUAGCCGGAGUACGAGGAGAAGAAACCGCACCGAACCACCGGGGACGGCGAACCCGAGCGUUUUUGCCGAGAAUCAUUUUGAGGAUGGACGGUUACCGGAGGGGACGCCCUUGGGGAAAGCUCGUCAAAGUGGACUCCAGUGAAACCAUCCUGCUUUUUAACCGGGAAUGCACAGUUGGCCGGAAAAAGGGAUGUUAUCUGUCCUUCCCAGCCAACAAACUGGUCUCAGGGGAGCACUGCAAGAUUGUGCAAGACCAAAGCUCGGGGCUGGUGUGGCUUGAAGACACCAGCACUAAUGGUACAGUGAUCAACAUGUCCAAACUGGUCAAGAAGCAAACUCACAUGCUACAGAGCGGCGACAUCAUCUACUUUGUAUACAGGAAAAGUGAGCCAGAACAAAACAUUGCCUACGUUUACCAUUCCAUCCAAAUGGAGCACGCUGCAUCAGAACAUGGUUAUGAGAUGGAGAGGGCAGCCCACAGUCCUGGCCCUUUCCCACUCUCAGUGGAGCCCGUCAUGCUCCCGAAGGCUUCUCGUGAUCAACCCCUGGAAGACCCUCAGCCCUCCACCUCCUCGUCCCUCUUCUGUGUCGGGAGCCAUGGCGCUUCUGGUCCCGUGGCAACCACGGCCUGUCCCGCUUCAGACCAGGCUAAAGUUGCUGCCCCAGCACAGGAAAAACUCCUAGAUGACACGGAGCCAGAAAGCAAGAGGAGGAAAACUGAUUACAUGGAAGAUUGUGAUUUGGACUUGCCACACACCUCGAGCACAGAGCGGCUCUGUUCAGCUAAAGGAGGUCUUCUGACCAAGCCUCCUGUGGAAGUGACUAAGACUGACAAGAUGGAGGAGAGCCUGACGUGUGUCAUUUGUCAAGACCUGCUGCAUGACUGCGUUAGCUUGCAGCCUUGCAUGCAUGUCUUCUGUGCUGCCUGCUACUCGGGCUGGAUGGAGCGCUCUUCUCUUUGCCCAACCUGCCGCUGCCCGGUGGAAAGGAUUCGUAAGAACCACAUCCUCAAUAACCUGGUGGAGGCCUACCUCAUCCAGCACCCAGAAAAGUGCCGCAGUGAUGAGGACCUAAAGAGCAUGGACAGCCGUAACAAGAUAACUCAGGACAUGUUGCAGCCCAAAGUUGAGCGCUCGUUCUCGGAUGAGGAGGGCAGUUCAGAUUACCUCUUUGAGCUCUCUGACAACGACAGUGACUCCUCAGACAUUGGUCAGCCUGUGGUGGUGUGCCGACAGUGUCCCGGCUACCGGAGGGAGGUCGGUCAGGUGCUGUUAUCCACCGGUUCCAACUACUGGCUCCCUUGUCUGCCAGACCCUCCACCUACACUUCCUCCACCCAAACCGCCCACUGAGGAGGGGUCCGCACAGCCUACGGGGGAGCAACCCUCAACAUCCUCCGCCAUCCCCUCAGCGUCUCAGGAGUACCGCUGCCCCGCUCAGGGCUGCCACCUCAUCUGCACCUGCUGCCUCCAGCCGAUGCCGGACCGACGGGCCGAGCCGACCGGCGAGCAGGUCAUCGCUCAACGAUGUGUGCUGUGCCAGCGACCCUUCUGUCACAUGUACUGGGGCUGCCAGAGGAUCGGCUGUCAAGGCUGUCUGGCUCGAUUCAGCGAGCUCAAUCUGACAGAUAAAUGCCUGGAGGGGGUGCUGAACAACAAUAACUAUGAAUCAGAGAUCCUCCAAAACUACUUGUCUUCCAGAGGGAAGUCGUGGAGAGAUCUGCUCCACGAGUCUUUGCAGGCCUUCCAGCAGGGUAACUACUAUCUGUCAGAUUGGCGUAUCUCUCCAAAUGCCAUCCUGUGCUUCUGCUGCGGGCUGCGGGCGUUCAAGGAGUUGGCUUACAAGUACAGACAGAACAUCCCCACGCCUGAACUGCCAGCUGCCGUUACUUCUCGUCCCAACUGUUAUUGGGGACGCAACUGUCGUACACAGGUGAAGGCACAUCAUGCAAUGAAAUUCAACCACAUAUGUGAGCAGACACGUUUCAAGAGCUGAAGGAGCAGAGCGGACUGUCAAAUGAAGACCACCGAGCAUCUCGUAGACACAAUCUUUUUGCGUUUUGUGUCCGUUGUAGUUAAAUGCCUUCCAGAGCUUAUGCAAUAACUUAAUGCAGAAAUUACAAUCAUUACCCAUUUACAAUAGUGGCCGUUGCCUUACUCGAUACGGUGGCUAUGUGAAAUAAUGCUAUGCAAACGUUUAAACGGAUCUUUAGAGUAAAGAACAGUCUGCGCAUUUAACCCCAGCCACCAUUUUAAAUUCAGAUGCGUUGGCCUAAAAGGUCAUUUUAGGUAAGACACCAUUUCUGGGUCAUUCCAGAGUUGUUUGUUAAAGAUACUUCCUGAUCUGUGCGGUAGAAAUGUUUUCUCCGAUUAAGAGCGAGUGAGGCAAUCUGUGUGGAUUAAGGCCAGUUAUGUACGCUUGCACAUAUUGUUUGAGACCUUUUUGUAUUUUUUAUCUCUUCCAGUCUUUGUCAUUGAGGCUUUAAACAUCUUGUGUCCAUUAACCUUCUUUAAUUGUGAUCGGUUUUAACAAUCCUAUGGCAUGUUGAGUUAAUAAUGCACGUCUCUCCACGUCAUGUUGAAUUACAGUAACCGAUUGAAGUGCUACAGUUUUGAGCCAAGACCAAAUUGGUUUCCAUGAUCGACAUUUGAAAGGGAAAAAAGUCUCACCUCCGAGGGACUUUUGCUGUGCCAGUGCAUUUGUGUGUUCUUGGACCAGGGCAAGAAGCCACAACAAAACCCUGCAUACAUGCUGGGGUAGAUUUAUACUCCCAUGUGAUGUUUGUAGAGGAUUGGAGAGGGGAUCAAUGUGUUGGGAGGCCGUCAGAGGGCAUUGAGGCUUCUGUUGUAUGCUUUUCUCCGGAUAAUCAUCUCCAAGGUGAUUAAGUUGCAGAAGGGACGCUUUCUCUGACCCUUACAGUAAAGGCUCAGCUGGGGUGAAGUGCGCAGGAACUCCGUGUAGACUUUGGAGAGGAAUAGAAAGGUCGCACUCCAGGCUACCAGUAAUGCUUAAUAUUACAAUGUUGCGUUUACUGACCCGUAGGGUUUUCAUAUGCAAAUCUUUACAGAAUACGUACAAUAGCAAAACCAACAGGUCACAGAGUCGCGCCGAUACAACAACACUACGUUCUGUGAUCAUUUGUGUUUCAGUUAUAGACGUUGAAACCUGCCGCCAGAAUUUUGAUGGAAUUUUAGUUUUUCUCUUUUUUUCUGAUACUAUUUGUCUGGAUAUUCUCUGGUGGACAAAGCUGCUGUUUAGUCACUCAACAUUGAUGUUGAAUCUGAUGGCCUCUCCCUUUAUGACCGUCAUCUUAUUGAUCUUAUCCGCCGUCAGCUCAGUCCAUCAGUACUAAAUGUUUGGAGUCUCACAUGAAUCAUGAAGCGCUUUAGUCCAGCGUAAGAUGUUGAUGCUCUGGCUCCUUUUUAAUAUGAUGUGUUAAUCAUAUGUAGAGUUUGAUUCCAACAUUACAUGUUGCUCAUCGGGAAGAAAAAUAUAUUAUUUUUUUUAAAGGACACCCUUGUGGAAUUGCGCAUUUUUUUAUUAUAGUAAUGUUAACAUUAGCCAUACUAAAUAAGGAUAGAACUUGUUUUUAGAAUUUAGUAUUCAUAUUUUCAUUUAAAGUCUUCUUGCCGUAGCACGUUAGUGAACGGCAGUUAAUUUGUUGUGUUAGCAAGGUGGUUUGAGUUUGUCUUAUUUUUCCACCCCGUCUGUCAUGUACGGUCCACACUGGCAUUCCUCGGCGGCUCAGGCCCGUCGAUCCCCCCCCGACAGAGUGGCUGGGUUUUAAUUCUUCCCCACCGGGACAACUAGGCGCCCUAAGCCAACUCCCAGCCGCUCCAAUCAGGAAACGGUAAUAAAGAGGCUUUGGAGGAGCGCUUUGCAGUCUCCCUGUGACGGAGGGAGGGUUGUAUACUAAUAUUUACUCACUUUUUCUGCUAAAGUCCGGACCACGCUUGCGGGUUUCAUUCUACCUCAUCACAACUCCCGGAAAUAUGGGUCACAUCAGUUCAAAGCACUCUUUUGUAAACCUGAGUGAUGGAAGUCCUGGAACCGUAGCUUCAAAUGCACUAUUUGAACCGUUGGUCCAUAGUUCUUGGGUUCUAGUUAAAUUGCAAUAGAUAGAUGCACUAGGCACAUUUGAAAGUGUUGUGAGGACUUUUGGUUGAAGAAAAUAUAAGAGUUUGAUGAAUGCCUCUUUAUCCUUUGUUGUAUUAGCAAUGCUAAAAUAUUUUUGAAAUGAAUACAGAUUGGAUUAAAAGACGUAUUGGUCUGUAGAAACCAGUACCUCCCCUUAAUGUUUUAUUUGUCUUUUUACGAGUCUUCGAAAUCAGGAAGCUGCCUCUCAUUUUUAUCUGCGGAUGCUGGAAAGUUUUUUUUUUUAUCCCGAAUCAUAAUCCAGUUUAUUGCCAAGUCAAUUUUAACACAAAAUGAAUUUACUUUUCUUUCAAGCCUGUUUUCCACCAUGCUUUUGAAACUAAUGGUGACGAUAUUUUUGAAAUUGGUCCAGUGUUGAGCGAGACUGCUGUAAUGCCCCCCGAGCACCGUUAAAGUGCUAGUUUUUACCGCUCAGGUUGUGACUAAGUGUCUGACAUCGUGGAUAUGAGCCUACAGAGAAAUUAACGUUUUUUCUUUGUUCGUGCGUAUUGUACAACCAAGUGUCACCAGAGGGUAAAGCUUCAUCCAAGCGAUUAAAAUCUGCUAAAUAUCCAGCCACAACAUUUUUAUAACAUUAAGCAAUGCUUUCUGUAGUACUACCAAGUCCCCUUGUUCACUAUCACAAACUGAAACUUUUCCUUUUCACGAUGCAGUCAAUGGUCUUUUUUUUUAAAUGCAGUGUUUCAGCCAUUGCACAGUAAGCUGCCUUAAUUUCAAUCUGUGUACACGUGUCAUUGUAUAGUACAAUAAAAAAGCCAAAUUACAAAAGUUUGUACAACAUAGCGAGUAAUAUGUUCAUAAAACUCAACAGUAGGAAAAAAAAUCUGAAAAUGCAAAGUUUUGUAUGUCAAAAGCUGUAAGAAGUCAAAUUAUAGUCAAAAGUACUUUAACACCUGUAG